AUGUCGUACCAGCAGCCUCCCCCCGGGGCUUACUACCCUCCUCCCCAACCCGGAUAUGGCCCUCCUCCGCCUCAGGCCGCCUACCCGCCCAUGCAAUACCAGCAGGCGCCUCCCCCUGAAGAGAAGAAGGACCGCGGCUGUCUGACCGCUUGUCUGAUGACCAUGUGCUGUUGUUUCCUGUGCGAGGAAGCCUGCGAAUGCUGCAUCGAGUGCGCGGAGUGUUUGUGUUGUGGUUGUUAG